AUGCCUUCCAAAGCCUUGACGGUGAUCCUUAAUCUCGAUCAAUCCCGGAAAUUUGUAUUGGUGCUCCCAGAAUCACCUGAGGCUCGCAAGAACUUGAAGGAACGUAUUCUUCGAGAAGGGAAGAAUAAAUUCCGCACCAAAGGCCUUUCGUCGGUCUUUCUACAGGGCGGCAACGUGCUCGAGGAUGAUCAAGAUCUUUCAGAACACACGACGCAAGUAUGGUUGGGGAAAGGGGAGCCAUACGCCGGACCGCCCAAGGCAGCAGAGGAGACUGCAGGCGCUCGACCCCAGGACAUCCGGAUAAUAGCAGAGAAGAGCUACAUUGACGAUGCAGCCUCAAAACAGUUACAGAAGGUUGCAAACCUUCCCGGAGUGAAACUAGCGAUCGGGAUGCCUGACCUCCACCCAGGAGGGAGGUUUCCAAUCGGUUGCGCUAUUGCUUCUGAGGGCAUUUAUCCCGCCUUGAUAGGAUCAGACGUUGGGUGUGGGAUUGCCCUAUAUCGCCUCUCGUCGUCGGCAGCGAGAGCACGAGCGAAUCCGAAGAAGCUGGCGUCACUACUGAGGGGAAUCGACGAGCCUUGGUCAGGAUCUGUCUCUGAAUGGCUUGCUCAGUAUGGCAUCGCACGAACGUCGGCUUUCGACAAAGACGCUCUUGGGACUGUAGGAUCAGGGAAUCACUUCGCGGAGAUUUGUACUCCCGAGAAGAUCAUAGAUGCGUCUAUCGCGGGGACGCUAAAGGUUGAAGAAGACGCUCUUUAUCUGCUAGUUCACACUGGGUCUCGAGGACUUGGAGCAAGUAUUCUGGACCGAGAGACAGCGAACGACUCAAAUCCGUACAUCCCACCUGACUCUCCUCAUUUUGAGGAAUACCUGGUCGACCAUGAUUAUGCUGUUGAGUGGGCCGUCGCUAAUAGGGACCUCGUCGCGCACCGCAUCAGAGAAUGCAUUUCUAGAUCACAAGAUGACGACGAGGGUGAUGUGCCGCUGGCCAGUUCUUUGGACAAAAUAGUCGACGUUACCCACAAUUCCGUGACGAAACAUCCCAUAACGCUCGAAGAUGAAACAAAGGUGCUCUGGGUCCAUAGGAAAGGAGCCGCACCAGCGGAUAAAGGGAUCGUGCCCUGCCCUGGAAGUCGAGGGGACUUUUCAUGGCUAUUGCAGCCGAUCGGUGACGGUCAGCACAAUGGGCAUUCUCUGGCACACGGUGCUGGACGACGGUAUGGACGACAAGUGCUGCACACAGGAUCGAAGAUCAACAAGUCGACAUUGACCACGACCGCGCUUGGCUCAGAGGUGGUGUGCUUGGAUCCUGAUCUGCUGAUCGAAGAGCGACCAGAGGCGUACAAGGAUGUGCAGUGCGUUGUCGAGGAUAUGGAGGCACAGGGGGUGUGCAGAGGCGUGGUUGUGCUUCGUCCGGUAGUUACCUACAAAGUGCGGGAGGGAAGGAACGCGUCGUAA